UUACAGAAGACCGAGUUCCUGAUCGACCUGAGAAUGUGAGAGUAAGGACAACUGCCACAACAGCAACUCUGUGGUGGGAUGCACCAUCGGAUAAAAGUACUUUGGUUCGCGGUUACACGAUCUCUUAUGGUGUCGCUACACCGUCACGACGUAUUGUUAUUGAAGGCGCAAACACGAACUCAUUCACUUUGAAUCGGCUUGAACCCGAUACCGAUUAUGUCUUUGCCGUCGGCGCCUAUAACGAAGCGGAUGGGGAAGAUGGCGAGCCGGUUCUGCUUUCUGCCCGAACCCUCCCUAGCGACGGAACACCAGCGUUUUCUCUUUGGCCUCCCAUAGCCGUACGAGCACAUUCACCUAGGCCAGGAGAAGUUCUGGUCACAUGGGAGGAUCCAAAUCCCGAACAGGACAUUGAGAAUGAGAUCGAUGGGACUCAACGGCAUUACUUGAUACAGUACGGUAUUUACCAAUCCGAGCAAUUGUCAAAAAUGCGGUCAAAUUCUCGAAGUGUUAAACUAACCGGCCUUCUACCUUCAAAAGAAUAUGAAAUCGCAGUGAAAGUCGUUGGAGAAGAUGGUCGAGAGAGUCCAUGGAGCAUUAGAGAUAUAGUACUUACACCACCAGGUAGUACUACUGUAGCGGGAGGUACUGUGACUUUUCCUUGGUUUUGUAUUUUGAGUUCGCCUAAGUUUAUUUCACAAAAAUACGCCCUUUAUUUAAAUUUGAACUUUGUCUCUGUUCAGAUCCCAACCAUGAAGUUUCACGAUAUGACUGGGAAUGCGAUUUUGAGAAGGAUAUGUGCGGAAUGCGUAAUGGAGACGGGGUGGAUUGGAUUAGAGCUGGCGGAAAUCCUCCAGCUGAUCAUGGUAGGAAUACAGAACUUUUGUAUUCAAGCACGUGCAGCAGCAAUCUUGGGGCUUAUUGUCAAGAGUAACUUUCCAUAA